CUUUCGAUUGUUAGAAGCACGGCCCGCCGGUUCCUGUGGAUGAUAGUCCGGGGGUAGAGCCAGAGCGUUGAUCCGAAUUGAUUGGUAGCAUCGCGAGUUCGCCCGCGGGUUCCUGUCGCUCGCGCGACAGCGUGAAUCGGAUCGCAACAGAGCUCAAGAACGAACCUCCUCGACGUCCAUCGCCUCGGCUAUUACUUCACGUACAUAGGCGUACACAGGCGCACACACACACCGUUGCUGACCUACUACCACUGUGCAAGCAACCCCCGCAACACCAACGAAGCGACCAGUACGUUUCUUCUGUCUGAUCGAGAGUGACGAGCAUUAGCAUGUACAACGCGUACUCCCAGUACAAUAAUACUUACCGAUAUAGAGGAAAUCGUGAACAUGGCAAUCGUAAUGGAGGAGUAGGUGGAACUUUCUGGAACAGUCAGCAGCAGCAGCAGCAACAGCAACAGCAGCACGGUCAAAAAGACCACCUCACAAAGAAGCACAAGAAGACACCGGGUGAUUUGUUGAAGAAGCCUAUUUGGGAUCUACAAAAUAUGCCUCCGAUAAAGAAGAAUUUUUAUGAUCCCCACCGCAACGUUCUGAAUAGAACGCCCGAUGAGAUCAGCAAAUAUUAUGCGGGCAAAGAGAUCACCGUCAAAGGGAACAACACGCCCUUUCCCAUUCAGGCCUUCGAGGAAAGCAACUUUCCAGAUUACGUGAUGAACGAGAUUAAGAAGCAGAGCUUCGCCGAGCCGACUGCAAUUCAAGCUCAGGGCUGGCCGAUCGCGCUUAGCGGACGAGAUUUAGUUGGAAUCGCUCAGACUGGUUCCGGGAAAACUUUAGCUUACAUCCUUCCGGCUAUAGUACACAUCAACAAUCAACCUCGUCUCAGCCGCGGCGACGGACCGAUCGUUCUGAUUCUCGCGCCCACGCGCGAACUGGCACAACAGAUCCAAACGGUCGCGCGCGAUUUCGGCUCGUCUUCGCACAUACGCAACACAUGCAUCUUCGGCGGCUCGCCGAAGGGCCCGCAGGCCCGCGAUCUCGAGCGUGGUGUGGAGAUCUGCAUCGCGACGCCCGGCAGACUGAUCGACUUUCUCGAGAAAGGCACAACAAACCUACGUAGGUGCACAUACCUCGUUUUGGACGAGGCCGACCGUAUGCUGGACAUGGGUUUCGAACCGCAGAUACGCAAGAUUAUCGAACAGAUUCGGCCUGACCGACAGGUGCUCAUGUGGUCCGCCACUUGGCCCAAAGAAGUGCAGGCCCUUGCCGAGGACUUCCUCACCGACUACAUUCAGAUCAACAUCGGGUCCCUGACGCUGGCGGCCAACCACAACAUUCGACAGAUCAUCGAAAUCUGCCAGGAGCACGAGAAGGAGAUGAAAUUGUCACAGUUGCUGCGCGAGAUCGGGACCGAGCGCAACAAGAUGAUCAUCUUCGUGGAGACGAAGAAGAAGGUGGACGACAUUACGAAGACGAUCAAGCGCGAGGGCUGGCCGGCGAUUUCGAUCCACGGCGACAAGUCGCAGCCAGAGCGCGAUUACGUUUUAUCAGAAUUCCGCAAUGGGAAGACCAUGAUCCUGGUCGCGACGGACGUAGCGGCGCGCGGCCUGGAUGUCGAGGACGUCAAGUACGUGAUCAACUUUGAUUAUCCGAACAGUUCCGAGGACUACAUCCACAGGAUCGGCAGAACCGGUCGCUGCCAGAGCGCGGGCACCGCUUAUGCUUACUUCACACCGAAUAACGCGCGGCAGGCGAAGGAGCUGAUCGCAGUGCUGGAGGAGGCCGGCCAGGCUAUAAACCCGCAGUUGGCGGAUCUGGCGAACUCUGUCAAGAACCAGUACGGCAAGGGACGGACACGGUGGUACAACCUGCGCACGCAGCUGAAUCACUACAACAAGGACAACAGUUCCCACGGAAGUCCGAGAAACAACAUAAGCCCGACGGCGAACAGCUGGCAGCAGCACAUGUUGCAACAGGCGAGCCAACAGCAGCACGGACACCAUAAUCAGAUGAUGCAGGAGAAGCCAAUGGCACGUCAUCAUCCGCGUAACAACGGCAACAACUAUCAGACCAAUCGCCAGAGCCAUCAGCAGAAUUCCUACCAGCCGCAGCAUUCGUAUCAGCAACAGCAUCAGCAGCGACAGCAGUCCAUCACCAGUUACCACCCGAACACAGGCUACCCUCAUCAGGCCACUAACAACGCUUGCCAACCUACCGCGCAUCAGACUAACGGCGCAGGUCCCAGAGGGUACCAAGGUAGAACCGGAUAUCAGGGUAAUCGUUUCCAGAGUAAUCGGCAGAACACUUUCGGCGGCGGUGGCAACCAGCAGCAGCAGCAGAACCAGACGCCCAAUCAACACGUUUACUCAGCAAUGCCGCCGCCCUUCAUGAUGCCGUCCGGCGCAGCUGGACACGCCGACUCCGGGAUUCAGAGCCUUGUCAACAACAAGUUCUUCCAGACCGCCGCCACGAAUCGAGCGCCCCCGAACGCCGGUGCCUGCGCCUAUCAGUCGAUGGGCUAUGGCCAGUUUCAAGCGGUGCCGCCGUACGGUUAUCCGUACCCGCCCACGCCGGUGCAGCAGUGACGCCUCUCACGAUGCAAAGCCAUCGAAGUACGGGCCAAGUAAGUACGUGCGAGCCUGCUCGUCGGGUUCCGGAGAGUUGGUGGACUGUCGAUUGACGGUAAUAAAGAUAAUUGACGGUUGCAAGAGACAGUUUUAUUUUGUAAUGCCAUUCUGUGAACUAAACAUUUCAAUUAAUUACAGAGUCAAUUGUUUUUAGAACUUUAGUACCUUUAAAGAAAAAAAAUUAACUCUUUGGCCGGAAGAAGGAAAUCACGACUUUUAUAUUAGGAUUUUUUACGACUUUUCGAAAGAACAAAGCAGAAUGUACUUUUGGUUUGAAAGAUAGCUUUGAUUCUCAAUUUCCGACACUUCGACAGUCUAUCGUACUAUUUUCAACGUGAUACUUGGUCCCCAUUUUUCUUUUCACUUUUUUUUUCUCUGGAAUCGUGCCGGUACGGUAGGGGGACUUCCCCUAGCAUCGAACGCCACCCGAUACAUCGGACACCAGUGCUAUUUGCAAGAAUUUAAACGAAGUAGGAUUAAUUACAGUCGUAAAAAGAGUCGACGAAAACAAAUAUGCAUCGAUAUAUCUUCGUGAAAUUAGUCCGUAUCCAAGGAAAGAACUCAUUAAAAAAGUCCUUAAGCGUCCGGCACUAGGAAAACUUCCCCUACAUAUUUCGAAAUGUUAAUCACGGGAUCAUUCAAUAGGUUCCGAACAGCAAAAUUUGAACUUCUGUUUUGCCAGGAUUGUUUAAGGGAAACGCCUUAAACAACUUAUUUUAACAAUUUGAGUUCCAACAACGACACUGAGAUACUGAAACGCGUAAUAACUCGUCUUACUGCCAAAAAACUUGAAGGCCAGAGAACACAAGACAAAACUCGAGGUGUUCUGAUUCAAAUGUACAAUUUCACAUUUUAUUGAUUCAGGUGUAUAAGUCCGAAAUGCUUUUAGUUAUGGAUUAUUAAAAAUGCUUAUACAAAUUUAUAGACAAAUAUUAUUUGAAAAAAUAUUCAAUAAGAAGUGAUGUUUAAUGCUCAUGCACCGCAGUCUAAAAAAGCUUAUGCUUUAAAAGUUAUUCAAUUUGUUAGUUUAUAAAUAUUUUAGAUUUAUUGUAAUACCCUGCGCAUUAUAGGCUGGACUUUAAACAAGUAUUGAUAGCUCAACCCCUAUCAAAUUUAAAUGUAUAUUAAAUAUAUGUAAUAUAUUUAAAUGUAUAUAUAUAACAUAAAUAUAUAACAUUUUAUAUAUUUCUUAUAUUUAAUAUGCAUAAUUAAAUAUAAAUCUAUAAAUAUUGUAAAUAUAAACUGAUUGUUCAAAAAUUUGUUCAGCAAAGCAAAACAUAAAUUAAAUUUAUAUUAUAUAUAAUUAAGAGUUAUGCAAGUUGUGUUUACCCGUUGUUACGAGUCUUAAAUGAGCUUACGCUUAAAACUUAAAAUUACUUAAAACUAAUUUAAUCUUUAUUAUAUAUGAAUAUGUGUUAAAUUUAUUUUUAUACAUUGUACUAUUUUAUUACAUCAAAUUACGUUAAAGAACAACGCGAUUUAAAACAUUUUUCGAUCGCAUUCGACUUAUACAUCUUGUUAUCUUAUUGCUCAAUCAAAAAACUCGACAAGUUAAAUGGACUCAAGUUGUUAAAUCGGCAGAUAACGGAAACGACAUUAAUUAAUAAUUCGAGGCACAUUCCAGCUUUCAAAUUCUUAAUGUAGCAUUUAGAAUUAUUAGCCGUAUCGUCAACAUAUAUUCCAGAAAACAUGCGAAUGUAACUGCUACACAAUAUACACGUAAAUGUACCAUAAACUGUGCUUUACGUCCAUAUUAUACAGCAGUUGUAUAUCGUGGUUUUGCUGGACGUUAUAAUAUCGAUCCUAGAUUAACCAUCGCACUGAUGGUGGAUUCCGACGAAUCCUUCUCUACUGGUAAUAAUUGAGAAUAAAUAAUAAUCCUCUUAUGCGAGUAUUAUUGUAGCUAUAUUAUAAAUGCUUUUUUCCGAAAUGCACGAAACGUAUAGAAGGGGGUGGACUAUAUAUCAGAUAUACUAAUUUAUAAUUUAUUUAUAUAUACAUAUAUAUAGUUCGCGUGAUUAUACACAUACGCAGAAGUGUAAAACCCAAGGAAAUAAAACGCGCGAUAAUAUGCUCUAUAGGAAGGAAAUUUGUAAGGCCUUUUGCAUAAAAAUUAAGCCGUUUUUUAUGUGCCCCGGCAUAACGAACAAAUUGUCGUGCCCUUUGUUUCGGGAAAUUUAAAGAAAAAAGAAAAGAGAAAUGAAGCAAAGAGAAACAACGCAGAGAGAGAAAGAUAAAUUAAGAACAGCUAGGGACGUCUAUUUAUCUAUAAAACAGCUUUCGCUGACGGGAACUGAUCUUGGGCACUCUAUCUUUUUCUCUCUCUUUCUCUUUUACUCUCUCUUUCUCUCUCCCCGAUACAACUAAUCGUAGCAUUAAAAAUAAGUAUCUCGAUGCUCCGAUGAUCUUAAUAAAACUUCAAAUGAGCUUUGAGGUCUCUGGAUUUUUGAAAACUUUGAAAUACGCGGCUUCCGGAACUUGUACUUACAGGACCUCCGAGUCCAAAGAACUUGCGACACUUAAGUAUCUCGUGUUACGUUACAUUGGACUCUUUAAACGCACAACGCAUUUAAACUCCGGAAACUUCUCAGAAUAUUAGUUUCUUCGAAGCUCCUCAUUCUAGUUUCCUACAUCCUUAGAUUCAAGAUUUGGAUGUUCCAAUUCGUAUGUAUUUAAAGAUCUUUAUUUCCCGGAUAUCGUCGAGCCCUUUCGGUCCUCAAAUGCAUCAUUCAUCCAUGCGCCUCUAAGUUCAUGGAUCCUAAUCGAAUUCGAGUGAGCAUUUAACUUGUCGGGGCUCCCUGGCCUGACGUCGCGGCAAAUUCAGAAAGAAUCCAGAGAUCCCCUGGCGGAGUUGAAACGCUGGAUCCUUGAAGACAUAUGCCAGAUGGCUUAUUAGAGGACAACGUAAAUUAAGCAUGUAGUCAUGAUGGCUGUGUACCUCGCGAUGCAAAGUUUGAUACCUUAUUUUUAUAUAUAUAUCGAAAGUGAUUUGUUGUUGAACCAACGAAUGAUUAUAUAUGAUACAUUGUUGUUUGAUGUUUAUGCAAUUGGCCACUGAGUGGUCUUGUCUCUGCGCAUCGUGCGCGCAGGCUGGCCGCCGAUCGAAAAACUAAUCAGAAGAUCCUUCAGUUUACAAAGUGUAACCCUUAAAACUAAUGUAACUUAAAACUUUUGAAUUGUACCUGCUAUUUUAGUUGACAAGCAAACGGUCCAAAUUAUCCUGCGCCGUCACUUAGCACUCCGGUGAACGAUGACGAGUAUGCUACUUUUUGCUAAUGCUUCACGCUUCAACCAGUAACUUACUUCCCGUUUUCCGUGACUUGGCCUCACGAUUCGACGAACACUUGAAGACUCUCGAGCUUGCGUUUCUAUUUCUAUUGGAACGUUACGUUCUAAGGUUGAUUAUUCACAGUCGGUUCUUAUAUUUAAACUAUUACAAAUUUAAAUUAAUCCUUAUAUUUAAGAUCCCUUAGGUCUUAAGUAUGUCAUAAACCAAAUUACAGGCUGGUAACACGUUAGCAUCUUAUGACGUCACUUAAAAGGAUCUUGAGAUGGGAACUGACUGUGAUUACCGGCCUAAGAGUUGAAACAGCUCAGGGAUGAUUCUUGAGGUACGAAAAAUUUUUAUUAGUACUAAGAGAACAAAAACCUGGGGGAAAAAACUUGAAUUUUUGAAUACUGAAGAACCUGUGGGUUUCAGAAGAUACUGGUUGAAAGUUGAAUCAUCUUACGCAUAAUGAAUUAAGGAUAUAACAUAUUGUUGUAUUCUGAAGCAAAAACCCUUUGUGGUACCGGAGGACGUUUUUUUGAACAGCAUGCCCGGCUAAUUAUUAACGAUAUUAGCGCACGCUGUGUUGGGGCAUGCGGUUUUAUUAGCAGCGUGCAGCAAUUUUGCGAGCCUCCAGAUUACUCUGCACAUACCACCGUAUAUCAUGUAAUUGUCGAGAAGGAAAUAGCAAGACGGUGAUUUAAAAAAAAAAUGCAAGAAAAAGAGAGGAUGGUAAUUCUCUGGUCUCAAUCAGGAAAGAAAGACAGUAACAGGCUUUUUGUUUUUAAUCAUUUCGUUUCCUAAUAACAAACUUUACCAUACCGUAUUGUAAUUAUCUUCAUAUUUAAAUUUUAUUAAUAUAAUAUUAACAUAAUAAAAUUAACCGUUAACAAUAAGUUUAUUAUUUCUAGUGGAAUAGUCGAGGAUUUCGCUUCUUUUCUUUUUCAUCGGUAUACGUUUCCGAGAAGGGGCCAGAGAAUGAAAUAUCGGAGAUAAUUAAAUGUAGAAAACGCUCUCGCGCAGGAACGCUAUUAAUUAAUGAUUGUUAAUUGUUGCCGCGUGGCGAUUAUUCACUCGCGACUCGCUUUUAUAAAAUAAUUGACAACUCGUCACGCACACACACACACACAUACGGUGCAAAUGCUGGGAUGCGAAGGUCCCGUUUGCCGAGGAAAAAAAAUAAUCCCGUUCGACUCUCGUUUUAGAUUCGCGGUACUCGCGAUCCGUGAUACGUACGCGGACGCGAUUCGCGGAUUGAUUUCGGACAUCGUUAAUUGUCGAAUCUCCGGUGUUUUUUACGGAAAUAAAAAAAAAGAUAAAACGAUAGUCAAUAAUGUUCAACGAAGUGGGAUAUAUAUUCGUGGUUCCUGGAUCGGAAUGCCCGUGUUCUCGGAUCCUUGCGUCUUCGAAGGUUCAUCGCCGAUCGUCUUAGUAGAUUUUUAUUCUUCACGUUUGCUAGUAGGAUAGUUGGAUCUUCAGAACAAAACAGGAUUGUUGAAUCUUUGGCGCUGCGAACUUCUUCAGAUUCGUUGAUCCCCUCGCGGAGACUUGGAAACCAAGAUGUAUUUUGGUAUCUUAACACCAGAAAAAGAUUUCGCGAGUGAUUACUUUAAAAACCUUGAUAGCUGGUUGUUGUGAUUUCGGAGAGUGCUCCGACACUCUGAAGUCUCGUAACGCAGGAGGUUUCGAAUUUCCACAGCUACGACAACUUGGAAUUGAGUGAUUUUGAUAAUUUGAGAUUUCGCGAGUCCGGCAUCUUUGGGGAACAAAAAAAAAAGUGGAGAUUUUGAUUUUUAGUGAUUAAAAAUUAUUUUAGAAUCUCUUGAUCUUCCGGAUCAUUAAAGCCGCUAAGAACACAGGUACUUAACGAGACCGUGGAAGAUCUAACGCGUCUAUCUUAAUCCUCCCCCUUCAGUCUUCUUCUCCAAGAGGUGUUGCUCCUCAAGAGGUAACACGUGGUUUUUAUUUUUCGAAGAUUAGACUGCCCUGAUCGUGAAUUGAAUCUUCGAACUUGAAGGAUCCUUGGAUUCUAGGAUUUUUUAUUCGACGAAUAUUAAGCUCGACAAGCGCCUACUUUGUCAAUCUGACUGCGUACACGUCGAUGAAUAGUGAUAUAAUAAUAGGAAACGUAUGUGUUGCGAGCAUGAAAAAAAAAAAAAUACUGAAUACUCUCGCGUAUUGCGUAUGCCCGCUAUCACAUCGUGACAGUUUCCGGUCCUCGAAGAAAAGUAAUUCAGGCUAAUUUGCAGAACUGACCGAUUAAUAUUUGUUAGCUAAUUAAUUUUCAAUCCCUUUAAUGAGAAGGCUCAUCGUCAACACGGGAAUGAUUCUAUUGAUGCCAUCUGCAUUUUAUUUUGUUCUUAAAAAACGGAUUAUUUAAAAAUGUAACAGAAUAUAAUUAUUUUAUAAUCAUAUAAUGUCAAACAAUUAUUUCGUUUUUUUUCCCCCUCCUGCCUGUCUUUAAAUGAAAUAGUAAUUUUUAAUAAAGUAACAACAUGGAUAGCAGGUGUACGCGUAGCUCUGUGAUAUGUAAGACGUAGCAUAUUUCUAGCUCUACCUAUCGUGCAUCGUAAUUAAAAUAAGGGAUGUAUCUCAUCAGUUUUAUAUGCGGUAUAUCAGUCAUCAGAUCUUAAUGAUGCUUAAUGCAGGGUCGUCGAUAUCUAUUUUUAGCUAAACGGGAAAGGAAAGGGAAGUAACAUCCCCGAAUAUACACCUUUCUCUCGCUUUCCUAGAACAAACAAUAUAACGAUGGGCUAUACGUUGACGUAUCUAAUUGAUAGACUGUGUGAGGAGUUCUUUUUCCCGACGAAAAGGCAACAAGACGGCAACACGGUAAGAUUAAUAAUAUCGUCACAUUUUACUAAUGUACGCAACUUUUUUUCCCCCCCAAUACAAAAUAUAAAUCGGCAUCUACCAAGUGAUACGUCACGGUUCCAAAAUUUUUUGGUUUUCUGAGCAAAGAAAUGGUCAAAUCGUUUUUCUCAGGUCUUUAAAAUCCAGAAAUACUUUUUAUGCAAUCUAAUAGUUAAAUAACUAAUCAACUAUUAUUGAGUUAUAGAAUGUGUGUUUUCUUAACUGCAAUUACAUUCUAAGCGAAAAUCUUGUGAAAUAAGAUUUUAUUGAAUUUCACAAUUAAAAUAUUUUAUUUAAUUGGGUUGUAAGAUUUGUGCGCUUUUUUGAAGUAAAAUGUCAAAUAAAAAGUGGCUUUUUAUUACAAAAGGAAGGGGCCAAGAAGUUUUUCAAGACAGUUUCUUAUCGUAUUCUUCGCGUGGUCGAUUACGUUUCUGUGAAUGUUUGGUGCUCGCGACUAUAAUGUUUAUCCUACUUAUUAUUAUAGUGAAUGUUACUUUCGAUUUAUUUAAUAUGUAGUAUUUUAGCGUUCGCACUAUUAUUUAAAUUUAAGUUACAAGUUCAAGUGGUUAGGAUAGGUGGAAUUUUAACUUAGUCUUGCCGCGUAUCAAUAAGAUGUACGAUUUCAUAUUUUGAAAUUGAAAUUAUAUUCCACUCCAAUCGUCGUCGGGUGAAAAUAUCCCGCAAUAGAGCAAUCUCAGUGUUUAAAUGUAAUCUCGUACAUUUUGCUGGUACGGAAUGCAAUUUGUGUUUCUUCUCGUUUGUUUCUGUUCAAAGUCGAAAUAAUAGUUGUUUUUCAGUUAUGAGUUAUUGAGCAUUGUGGAAUAGCAGGCUAGGUCGCUAUUUCAUUUAAAUUUUCGUUGAUGGCUCGCACCUCAAUCGGAACUACUCGGUGAACCCGGUGUGAUAUCUAUACGAUGCGUCGACGCACCCUCUAUAAUAGAGCCGAGAAUUGAUAAAUAAAUCGAUUGUCCUGUACUACCAGGAGCGGAAUAUCGAUAGUCGCAGUUCCGGGGAAUAUAUCCUCUUCUACGUUUUUCCUCUUCGUGAUGAACGCUGUGAUAUCACGUGAAUAAAUGAACAUUUUAAUUAAUCGCAAGCAUAAAUAUCAUAAAUAUAUCGCGACGUUAUAGAAAACUAUUCUUUUUUACACACAAAGACUGAAUCUCGCCAACCUGUAUGUGAACUUAGUAAUCGCCCUCCCCCUCUCCUCAUCCCUACCUCCCCCUCCUUCUCCUUCAUAUCUCACCUGGACGUGUGUUGAUCAGUGACAAAAAAGGGGUUGCGAUGUUUUUUUUUCUUUUUUCCGACGAGUAGAUGUCUGCACACGCAAAACUCUCGCGUGUCCACAUAGAAUUCUAGCGAUGGUCUAGUGGUCCAGUGUUAGGCUAAACAGGAAGAUCGCGAGAUCGUCCUCGCUCACUGAAGGGAGAAGAGUGUUGCGAAGAGUCCUCUUCUUAUCACCGACCGCGCGCAUGCGCUACGUUGCAUAACGACGAAGAUAGACUGUCGAUAAUUUAUUUAAUCGUUUUGCAUGAUUUACGCCGUCCUGGACGAUUGAGGUCGUAUUAUUGUUAUUAUUAAUAAUUAUUAGUUGUUCCGUUGUUCGCAUUAUCCCACAGUGUCAAGGAGACGUUCACGAUUCUUCGAAUAGUUUAUAGGUCACACGUAGGGACUGCGAGGUCCCCGAUGGAUUCUCGUCCUUUCUUCCUUCGAAGUUAUCUCUUCACUCGCCUUAGGAAUGUGUUUCUCGCAACCUUCAUUUAUUUACAUGUGGAAAUUGCAUUACGAGGCAGAGUAAUGGCAUUACAGACGCCUUGAAUAUUUUAUCAUGGGAAAAGGAAUGUCUCUGUUCUCCCUCAAAACUUUGAUUUACAUUCGUUAGCAAAGCAGUAUUUAAGUCCGAAGUGUGUAGCGAUUUUCCGCGUAUAGUAAAUAAUGAGUUGAACCGCGUAUUAAAUUGAAGUUAUAUCAAAUAUAUAUAUAUCGAUAAAACUUGUAGGAAGUAAUACGGAAGUCCCAUGAACGACAGGAACUUUUGUUUGGAAUGGGGAAAAGGAUAUCGUCCCUCACGCGUGGACGUAGGCUACGUCUGUUCGGAAACAAAAAAUCAGUCUCAAAGUCCUGGAAAAGACUGCGAUGGUGACACACUUUUUUUUUUUUAAUUUAACGUACUUUUAAUCCAACAAGUAAUAUUUUUUAAUCAUAUGCAUAUAAAGCUGUGUUAAGUUGUAGGGUACUUUUGUAGCUUGUAACGGCGAUCUCGGCCGUUUUUUUCGAUCGAAAACGACAAAACCCCGUUGUUGCGCGAAACCUACGGUAAUGGACGAACGAUCGAAUUGUUCAGGCCACCUUCAGCGUUUCGUUUUUACACCCGCGUCCCGUUCUGAACUCGCAGUAUUGUUCUAAUAUUGAUUAACGCGCGAUAUUGAAACAUAAAAAGAGGCCGAACUUAGGGAUAGGGGGAAAGAAAAAAACGAGCCACCAAAAGAAUAAAUAAUCGAAUCGAACCGCCGCGAGACAAGCGAGGUGGAGAGAGGAAAAACAAAUUUAAGUAUGUGCUGAAGAUGUAACCUGUUGCUCUCAAAAGUAAAGUAUCGCGUAUUAUAUUGAUCCUCUUUGAGCCUUUUCGCACACACCUCGGAACGGGUGUGUCGAGAGAAACUUGAGACCUGUGCUUCAUUUUCCGUCAUGAAUUUUACUUUGUGGUCCUUCGACGGGUGAAUCCUUCAACAACAGUAUGGUAUAGCGCGUCAAUCAUUGCCCGCAUUUCUGGAGCGCGUCUUGGCUGUUCGGCUUUGGUUUGGCCGAACCGCUCCCCCCUCCCCCCCCGAUUCUCGCGCCACGAGCGAACGAAGUUACUCCCCCGGGGUAAGUUUCCACCGGGGGUUGCUCCGCGCGCGCCAGGAAUGCGGUUAUUUGUUGUUUCGAAUUCGAAUGUUUGAUGAACGAUGAAUUCAUUACUAAAAGGUGUGAUCUGUUACGAUUGAUUUCCGUAGCGCGUGAUUUCUUCUUUAACUUUGUUCUUUUUUUUUUCCCCUUUAUCUCAUUCUUUCUCAAUUCCGUUGACUCGUACGCGUGUGUGCAUGUGUGCAUAUGUGAGUAUGCUUACCGAGUCGAAACCUUCGACCGCCGGAUCCGCAACGUUGAGCUCAAUACUUUUACCUGGAGUGAGGAGUUAGGUCCCAAUUUCUAAACGAGGACAAUCACGCGAAUAUGGCGCUGCUGUCUUCUUCAGGGAUUCACUGAUUGAUAGUUCACUAGUUGUAUGAUUCAAUCAAUGGACAGAAUCCCAUACAGCAUACGGUGUAAACCAUAUAUGUUGCUACAAUACUGCUGAAAAAUUGGAGGAAUAAGGAACAGGGGAUAAAAAACAGUUCAAUAUGUUGAAUAAGAGAAACGUACGAAAUAAUCUUUAUUUAACAUGAACUAUUUCUUAUUCCCUGUUUCCCAUUCCAUUUAUUGUGUUUGUCCUAAUUCUUUAACUAUAUUGCAGCAACAUUACUGAAAUGUUCCGUACUGUAUGGGACACCUGUCUGAAGGAGAUAGAUAGGCAAGUUUCGUAUCCUUUUUUCCGUUAGGCUGCAAUUUUCUAUAGUUAAUAUAGGGAACUCACUCCAUUAAAGUAGUAGAGCUCAAUGGAUCGGAUUGUACGAAUUGCGAAUCGCGCGCUCGUAUCUACCGCGUGUGCGGUAAUAGUGUGUAGUGUGUAAUUAAAAAAAAAAAAGAGAGAACGCAAGAAUGAGAAGGCACGUCUGUACGACGUGUAUACAACGUCGCUUUUGAGUGUAUUCCGAACGGUACUACUUCGGCAGACUUCGCGAAGAUGCUUUUAUUCCUGUCCUAUCCUCAUUCCUAUUCCUAUCCUACAAAAAAAAAAAACGAUUUCUUCCACUGCCAGUGUGCUGUAAAACGGUCCGGAAAUGGCGUCGCUGCUUCUCUGUUAAGUGAUUAUUCAACACUUAGAAAAGAAAAACCCCAAUAAGCCAAUUAACACCGUUCGGAAUGUACCCUUUUGUUAACGCGGUUCAAUGUGAGUGAGGCUAACGCAGCAUCGUUCCGAAUACCAUUCGUGCCAUCCGUAUGAACGUCCUGCGACAUCAUCUUGCGAAUAUCGAAAGUUCAUUACGCGAAGCGCGAGAUAACGCGCGAGAAUACAUCGAGACAUGUAAUUCCUCAAGCCUCCCGCUGUGUUCUUGAUGUAACUGAUAUUUAAGCCGGUAUUUCGCAGUCAAUUCUUACAUUCAAGAUCAUCUUAAGUGUAUCCUAAGAUGUCACGUAGCUCCGUGUGAGAGCGACAGACUUGAAAGCGAGUUCAGGCCCACAUCCCGUACAUAGAGACUUUUAAUCUCCUUUAAAUCUUUACUUACACUAUCUCGGGGCACAAAGGGGGAUUCCCCAGAUGUCAGAAGACUGGAAUUUUCCAAGUUUCUCGGUCCCCAAUCACUAUUUCUCCAUAUCCUAUAUCCUAUAAUUACUGCUGAAAUGUUAUCCAGUUAUCAACCAAUCACGGAGCUGUACCAGCACCUUAAGACAUUAUUCAAGAUCAUUUUGAAAUAAGAAUCGACUUUGAACACUGACACUUUAGUAGCGACGUCGCGUUUAUGACAGAAAAAUCGUAAGCGGUAAAAUGGAGAAGUCUUGUUGAGACCGUGCACAUAUUUCGUCCUAUAAAAAAAAAACUUUCUUGAGGGUUACUCAUGCGAUCAACCUUCUCAAUAACAUUUUUGUUUGACCGUAUCGAUUUUGUAUUCCAAGAUAAUUUAUUAGUCAUCUGAACUGGAAAAAUGGAACUAAAAUAAUAGCACAAUUGUCGCUACUUUCUCUGUUAUUCAUGAAAUUUGAGAAACAGAUAUAAUUUUAUUCUACAAAAUUUUCACGGUAAGCAAUUUUGUUAUUGACUUACGUAAGUCUUUUUUUUUCUGCGCUCUAAGCAAAACGCGGGAUUAGGGUGAAAAUAGAGAUCUUAAUUGUCACACGUGAAUGAUAUAUACACAUUUACAUGUACGAAUUAUUUAUUUAUAAUUUUCAAAAACCACUCCUUGGUCGUUUUUGGCUAAAUAUCUGCCAUUAUCGUUAACAAAUUUCACUAGCAGCGUAAAAGACGAUCACAAAGUUAUCAAUUUUUAAGAAUUUCGAAGUUACAGAUGUUCAUAAUAUAUUUAGCAUUGCUCUUCUAUUACGUUUUUAAUCACUCUAUAAUACUUUUUUAAAUUUUUUCUCACUUUAACAUUUUAUAUUUUUCUUUUAUGAAAUAAUGCAACUUUAUUCUUUUUCGAAUUUGUUUUAAAUGCAUAAGAAUAAAAUUGCGCAUAAAUGCAUAAACGGAAAGUUGCAUCCUCAUUAAAUUCUCGAAAUUUUGAUUUAGAAUUUUGACCAAAAUGAAAAAGAGGCUCAUGCCGUAAGGAAUGCUCUUGUAGAUGUUUGUGAUUAAACAUACGCAAUAUCAAUCAUACGAAAGAAAAUUAUUCAAUAUAUUCAGAUGAUCACAAUCGGACAAUAUCUAGUCAGAUUGCGCCUUUAAUACUAACUUUAUUGUCAUGUCUUGUCAUGUCCAUAAAUUCUGUCGUUUUACAACAGCAGAGUUAAUAGAAAGUUAGACAAUAAUUUAUAUUUUAAUGUUAUAUCUCGUAAGGAAAAACAAUGUGAGAAUGUAAGAAAGAUAACGCGUACCUGUAAAAAGAAAAACAAGUUUAAGGCAAAAUUGCUAAAAUUUAUUUUGACUGACACUCUAGUCUUUACAGUUAUAAUUAGAAGGACUCGGAUCGAGGUAACUUCUAAUAUUCAAAGCCUGGAGCUGCUUUUAGAUAGAUUAGGGAACGAAAUAAAUUUUUGUGAUAUCAUUCUUGCAAAACGAUUUGUCCUUGCAGAAACAUGGCAAAAUUUUGCCGAUAGAUUUACUCCAAUCUUGGAGCGAUUCUACUUUGUUUGAUACAAAUAUGAUACUAUGAGGAUGAUUUCGUAUGCUUGAAGUUGAUUUACAUUUGAUUUCUAUGAGAUGAUAUAUUAUCGUUAUAUGUAAAUACGAGAAGGAAAAAAAGCAUGGAGAAAAAAAUUAUUAAUUACACCAUGUAACUAUUUCAUGUAACUGGCAUAUGUAAAUUUUUAUAUGCUUUGGUAACAUUUUUUUGUGAUGUAUAAAGAACGUAAAAAAAAACCUGAGCAAAAGGUGAGGAGAACGAAAAUUUCCUAAUGGUCGAUCGUUUUUUAACCGCAGUAUCGUUCAGUAAUUAAUUUUCUCUCACAACCGCAGUAUCGUUCGAUAAUUAAUCUUUUUUCACGACCAAAGAGAGGUAAAGUGGUUUUUCUUUUAUAAUAUGAUUUUUCCACCAUGACAUAUUUGAAAACGGCAAGUACGGUGAGUGUUGCGUGACUGUAUGUACAAAUGUGUGAGUAACUGAGAAGCAUGGGAGGACGAGUCGGUUGUCGUCGUCGUACGAAUCGUCGCUUAUAUCGAUCGAAAGAAAAAGAAAAACCGUGGAAAUAAAACGUUCAACGGAAAUAACGCUUGCGUUCGUUGAGGAGGAGACGAAAAAAAAAGCACAUAUUUGUUAUUUACAUAUUACGGACACGUGAAACGUUAAACGCAAAACAUUAUAUAUGCCGCGAGGCGUUCUGUAAUUCGGCGUGUCCGACUUUAUAUUCAGAUUCUCUUCUGUAGGUUUCAUUAAAGGCUGAUGGCAGCGAACGAGACGUAGGUCUGUCAUAGUCGCGGACGCGUAUAAGAUGAGGCAGUGAAAAAUGUAUAAGUAAGUAUGGUGCGAGAGGCCAUUGAUCUUUACGUAUACGUCUCUGUCUCGGCCAACGUCCACGACUACAACAGGUGUGAGCGCUCACGUCUCGUUCUUUGCCAUCAGCCAACGUGCAUUUCUUGUAUGUUAUUAUACAGUAUUAAAGUAGAACAUAAGAAAAUAAAUGAAUGCAAUAGUAAAAUGUA